CAAAAUUGGGAGUAGUAGUGGGAGUGGCCUCCAUUUCUGUCAAGUUGGAAGUCAGAAUCCCUAUUUCUCUUUUUUCCAUCGAACAAAACUCUCCAUUUUGCUGCGAUCUCUCAAUCUCAAUCUCUCAGGAUGCGGAUAACUUCGCCAGGUUUAUCUCAGUUUUUGUAUCGACAGACACGAUUUUUCCGCACAUCCGCCAGCCUCCGCUGUGAAUUUCCUUGGGAACGUCCUUUUGAUUUUUCAACGGUAGAAGCAGUAGAUAAAAUUUCAGGCUCUAAGCCAGCAGAAGUGUCCAACUUGGUGCAGGGUAGAUGGAUUGGAUCUUCAAGUUGGAAUACUAUUCUGGAUCCUUUAAAUGGAGAACCAUUCAUCAAAGUUGCCGACGUGAAUGAAACAGAAAUUGAUCCAUUUGUGGACAGCCUGUCCAAAUGCCCAAAGCAUGGCUUACACAAUCCUUUCAAAUCGCCUGAGAGGUGUCUGACUUCUUCGCUAGGUUGAUUCAAAGAGUUUCUCCGAAAAGUUAUCAACAAGCUCUUGCUGAAGUAAAGGUUACUGCAAAGUUUCUAAAGAACUUCUCUGGCGAUCAGGUUCGCUUCUUGGCAAGGUCUUUUGCAGUACCUGGAGAUCAUCUUGGACAACAAAGUCAUGGUUUUCGUUGGCCCUAUGGUCCUGUUGCAAUCAUCACUCCUUUUAACUUCCCCCUAGAAAUUCCACUACUUCAGCUGAUGGGUGCACUUUACAUGGGCAACAAACCCGUUUUGAAAGUUGAUAGCAAGGUGAGCAUAGUUAUGGAGCAAAUGAUUCGAUUGCUUCACCAUUGUGGCCUACCUCUGGAAGACUUAGAUUUUAUAAAUUGUGAUGGGAAGACAAUGAACAAGUUACUGAUUGAGGCAAAUCCAUCGAUGACUCUUUUCACUGGUAGCUCAAGGGUGGCAGAUAAGUUGGCCGUUGACUUGAAGGGCCGCAUUAAAUUGGAAGAUGCAGGAUUUGACUGGAAAAUCUUAGGGCCAGACGUUCAAGAGGAGGAUUAUGUUGCAUGGGUUUGUGAUCAAGAUGCAUAUGCUUGUAGCGGUCAGAAGUGCUCGGCACAAUCAAUACUGUUCAUGCAUGAGAACUGGUCUACAACUUCACUUAUUUCAAAGAUAAAGAAUCUUGCAGAGAGAAGGAAAUUGACAGAUUUGACAAUUGGCCCAGUUCUUACGGUUACUAACGAAGUGAUGUUGGAUCACAUGAAUAAAUUGCUCAAGAUACCUGGGUCAAAGUUACUCUUUGGAGGUGAACCUCUUAAAAAUCAUUCCAUUCCACCUAUAUAUGGUGCUCUGAAACCCACCGCAGUGUAUAUUCCACUAGAAGAGAUGAUGAAAGAUGGCAAUUCCGAGCUUGUGACUAAAGAAAUUUUUGGACCAUUCCAGAUUAUUACUGAAUAUAAGAGAAAUCAACUUUCAGUAGUGUUGGAUGCUCUUGAGCGGAUGCAUGCUCAUCUAACGGCAGCUGUUGUUUCAAAUGACCCUCUUUUUCUGCAGGAAGUUAUCGGAAAUACUGUGAAUGGAACGACAUAUGCUGGUUUGCGAGCGAGAACAACUGGAGCUCCGCAGAACCACUGGUUUGGACCAGCUGGAGACCCCAGAGGUGCAGGUAUCGGGACUCCAGAAGCGAUCAAACUCGUUUGGUCUUGCCAUAGGGAGAUCAUAUAUGACAUUGGCCGCUUGCCAUUGAAUUGGGCAACCCCACAAGCAACUUAAAAUGUGAGUGAAGUAGGCCCUGAUGGCCCGUCUCCCGCCUGUCCCUACUAGAAGCAGCGGAGUCCAUGACAGUUUUGUAGCUGCAGAUAAAUAAAAAGGCCUUCAUCAAAGAGAUUGGUAUGAUUCACCCGUUGAAGAUGCUGUAAAUAAGUCCUUUUUCCACUAGGUAUCGAGUUUUCCUGUCCCACCCAAUAAUAUUGGGGAGACAAUCAAGGGUAGUGUCCCUUCAAGUUCCCAAACUGCCAUGAAAGUGUGUUGUUUGAAGGGCAAAGACAAUUUAAAUCAUUCAAAAUUUCUCUUCUUGGCUUUUAUCUGCUUUUAAGAAACAACAUCGAACUUUAUUCAAUUAAAUAUCUUGCUUUGUUACUCAAA